UUUUUCCUUGAAUGCUACUAACUUUUUUGAGCCUCCUUUACUACAAGCUUGAAUGUAGUAUUUGUUUUCUUGCUGUUGUGCACUGACAGUGAUGUUCAUUUCAUUCUCUGUUGACCCACAUUACUCUCAGCCUCAAAAGUCUACAGUCAAAUUCCCUCAACUCCUUUGUUUCAGGCCUAUAUAUUUGGAGCUUUCCUUGCAACUCUUCUCUGUGUCCACAUUUCUCUGAGAAGAUUUAAUAUUGUGUGUACCUCCAAUGACCAGCUUCUACAUACCAUAAUGGCACUAUGAAUGUUGUAUCUUUGCAACAACUUCUAAACUUCUAGCACCAUAGUUCCAGAAUUCAAGAGAGCGCUUAGUUGUCUUAGUUCUCAUAACAAACAAUGGAAGAGAGCUUUGUUCCAUUUCGUGGAAUCAAGAAUGACCUUCGAGGGAGACUGAAGUGCUACAAGCAAGACUGGACUGGUGGUUUCGGGGCAGGUUUCAGGAUUUUGGCCCCCACCACAUAUAUAUUUUUCGCAUCAGCAAUUCCUGUUAUUUCAUUUGGAGAACAGUUGGAAAGAGAUACAGAUGGGGUUCUCACAGCAGUCCAAACGUUGGCCUCCACUGCACUGUGUGGAAUAAUACACUCUAUCAUCGGAGGUCAGCCUUUGCUGAUCCUUGGAGUUGCAGAGCCAACUGUAAUUAUGUACACAUUUAUGUUCAAUUUUGCCAAGAAUAGGCCGGAUUUGGGAUCAGAGCUCUUUCUUGCAUGGACUGGAUGGGUGUGCGUGUGGACUGCGAUCUUGCUGUUCCUGCUGGCUAUCUUAGGAGCUUGCUCCAUUAUCAACAGAUUUACUCGUCUUGCUGGGGAGUUGUUUGGCCUUCUUAUUGCAAUGCUCUUCAUGCAGCAAGCUAUUAAGGGCCUUGUUGAUGAGUUUCGCAUACCUGAAAGAGAAAAUCCAAAGUUGCUUGAGUUUCAACCUUCAUGGAGAUUUGCAAAUGGGAUGUUCGCUUUGGUUUUGUCAUUUGGCCUUCUGCUUACUGCAUUAAGAAGCCGAAAAGCACGAUCUUGGCGAUAUGGAUCUGGAUCAUUGCGAGGCUUCAUAGCAGACUAUGGUGUGCCAUUGAUGGUUCUGGUCUGGACGGCUAUUUCUUUUGUACCAGCAGGAACUAUUCCAAAAGCAAUUCCAAGGCGCCUCUUCAGUCCCAAUCCAUGGUCACCAGGUGCAUAUGAGAACUGGACUGUCAUCAAGGAUAUGCUAAAGGUUCCAGUGCUCUACAUAAUUGGAGCUUUCAUUCCAGCAACAAUGAUCGCCGUCCUGUAUUAUUUUGACCACAGUGUAGCUGCUCAACUCGCUCAGCAGAAGGAAUUCAAUUUGAGAAAGCCACCUUCUUUUCAUUAUGAUUUACUUCUUCUGGGAUUCUUGACAAUAUUAUGUGGUCUUAUUGGCAUCCCUCCAGCAAAUGGUGUCAUUCCACAAUCUCCUAUGCAUACUAAAAGCUUAGCUACAUUGAAGCACCAGUUGCUUCGAAACAGACUAGUAGCAACAGCCCGCAAAUGUAUGCGUAAGAAUGGAAGCUUGGGACAAGUGUACGAAAGCAUGCAAGAAGCAUAUCAACAGAUGCAGACUCCACUAAUCUACCAAGAACCUUCUGCCCAGGGAUUAAAGGAACUGAAAGAGUCAACCAUUCAAAUGGCUUCAAACAUGGGAAAUAUUAAUGCCCCAGUUGAUGAGACAGUAUUUGAUGUUGAGAAGGAAAUUGAUGAUCUGCUGCCUGUUGAGGUAAAAGAACAGCGGCUCAGUAACUUGCUUCAAGCUACAAUGGUUGGAGGAUGUGUUGCAGCAAUGCCUUUCAUUAAAAAGAUCCCAACCUCAGUGCUUUGGGGCUAUUUUGCAUUCAUGGCCAUUGAAAGCUUGCCAGGGAACCAGUUCUGGGAGCGGAUAUUGUUGCUCUUCACAGCUCCAAGUAGAAGAUACAAAGUACUGGAGGAGUACCAUGCCACUUUUGUGGAAACUGUACCUUUCAAGACAAUUGCAGUAUUCACGAUCUUCCAGACUGCUUACUUGUUUGUUUGUUUUGGGAUCACUUGGAUCCCAAUUGCUGGGGUUCUUUUCCCAUUAAUGAUCAUGCUUUUGGUUCCUGUGAGACAAUACAUUUUACCCAAGUUUUUCAAAGGGCCACACCUUCAAGAUUUGGAUGCUGCAGAGUAUGAAGAGUCACCAGCUGUACCAUUCAACCUUGUAACUCAGGAAGGAGAGCUGGUUAGGACAGCUUCAUUUGCUGAUGAUGGAGAGGUUUUAGAUGGAAUGAUCACACGAAGCAGGGGUGAGAUCAGACGAAUGUGCAGCCCAAAGGUAACAAGCUCCACUGCAACACCAUCCAAAGAAUUUAAGAGUCUGCAGAGCCCACGUUUCUCAGAGAAGGUGUACAGCCCCAGAGUAAGCGAACUGAGAGAGGAGCAAAGUCCCGGGAAAGUUGGAAGAGGGUCAUUCAGUCCGAGAACUCAUGAAGGCAAGCCAUCAAAUUUAGGAAAAAGUGGUUAGGAAUAUGACAUAAAUAGGCAAGUAUUGUACCAAGCUGCCACAAAGAAAAAAAUAUAUAAGUAGAAAAUAGUUUUAUGAGCAUGCAGGAAGUCUGCAACAUUUCCCUCACUUUCACUUUUUUUUUUUUUUUUAAUUUUGAAGCUCUUAAUCUUGGCUAUCACUUUUGUAAAAUAUACUACCUUGCUCUCCAUUAACGGAAGGAAUCAGAUAUUCAGUUAAUAAUAGAAGGCCAAUCCUCUGUUUCACUUUAA